UUAAGAGCCGAUGAAACACUUAAAAGUUUGGGAAUCGCAAUAAAUAUUCAGGGGGAAUUUUGUUUUGCUUUAAAAGUAGCUAUUUUUUGGAUUAUUUAUAGUGUGGUUAUAUGCCCAGUUGUGACGCUCUACAAUUUCAAAAACCUUAUUGACCUAAUAACUAAAACAGCUGUGAUAGUUGUUGUAUACCAUGGAUAUUUCGUAAGUUUACGCGUACAUUUAGAAUUGGGAAAACUGUGCCGUAUAACAACAACAGUUUACGGUACUCCACUUGCUUUCACAACGAUUGGAUUCUUUGUUAACAUUAUUGGUUCAUUAUACUGCCAAUAUUUAGGAUUGAUAAAAGAAAAUUCUAAUAUUUAUGAAAUAAUGCUCUCCAUUGUAAUAACUCUGAUUUGGAUAGUACCUUUCUGUUUAAGCUUCGUCAGUGUUAAUUAUAUAUGUAAGGAGACCGUAAAUGAGUGGAAGCAAACUGGAGUAAUACUUGAUGAAUUGGAGCUCGAGUCCAAAAAUACUGAAAUUCAGACAGAAAUACGCAACUUUUCGGCUCAAGUACAAAGAAACACUUUAAAGUUUUCACCAUGUGGAUUUUUUGAUCUCGACUUUUACUUCGUUAGAGAUGUAAGUUUAAUAUUAACAAUUAUUCCUAAUAAUAAUAAUAAAAUAUUCUUUUUCAGUUUACUGCAGCGGUGGCUACGUACUUAGUUAUAAUGGUCCAAAUUUACCCAAAUGAA